AUGGGGAGAGAUGGGGAACGGGGGUGGGAACCGAGAGCGGCCGGGAAUAAGGGCCGGGAGAGCGGGGACGGGGAACCGGGGAGAGCCAAGGGGUCGGGGGGCAGUGGGGCACCCGGGGGGGAGCUGGGGUCACUGGGGAGGGGCUGGGGGGCGGCUGGCGACGGGGGAGUCACUGGGAGAGGGGGAAGGGGAGAGGGGCUGGGGGACAAAGGGACCGGGUGGGCGGGAGUGGGGACGGGGCUGGGGACACCCGUGUCGGGGUGUGGGAGCCCGAAGGGUCCCGUGAGAGCACCCGAGGACCGGAGGGCUGCGGGGGGGACCGUGGGGGUCCCGUCCCACCCGGAGCCCCCCCCCCAGGGCCCAGGUGAGAGCGAGUACUCGGAGCCCUUCGAGGGGGAGCAGGACACGGCGCCCGAGGGCGGCUGCGACGAGGAGGCCACAGGUGGGUGGGUGCCCGCGGCAGGCGAGGGCCGGCGGGUGCGGCCGCGCCGGGGUCCCCAGCUCUACGACACCCCCUCCGAGGAGUGGGACACGGCCGGGGACAGCCCGGGGGGGCCCCCGGCCCGCGAGAGCCGCCUCCCCCGCGACGACGAGCGCCCGGCAGACGAGUACGACCAGCCCUGGGAGUGGAAGAAGGAUCACAUCUCACGGGCGUUCGCAGUGCAGUUUGAGAGCCCCGAGCGCUCGCCCAGCCUGUCCCGGCCGCUGCCGCGCUCCCCCCGCGCCCCCGGCGGCCCCCGGCCCGCCUGCCCCCCCAGCCCCAGGCACGUGGACACCUCGCUGCCCCUGGAGAAGCAGGCCUGGUACCACGGCCCCAUCGGGCGGGCGGGCGCCGAGACGCUGCUGGCGCUGUGCCGCGAGGGCAGCUUCCUGGUGCGGGACUGCGAGACCAGCCCCGAGGACUACUCACUGUCCCUCAGGAGCAGCCAGGGUUUCGUGCACGUGAAGCUGACGCGGACCCGGGAGCAGCACUUCACGCUGGGCCGGGCCGGGGCCGCCUUCCCCUCGGUACCGGCGGCCGUGGGGCACUACACGGCGCGGGCGCUGCCCGUGCGCGGUGCCCGCCACCUGUCCCUGCUCUACCCCGUGGCCGUGCAGCCCCUGUGAGCCCGGGACCCCCGCCCGCGCCCCCCGCCC